AUGUCUCGUACACUUAUCACUCAGAAUCUAUCAACGCAAAACCCACCGGAUCCUUCGAAUCCUACAGCUAUACCUACUUCAUUAUCGCUAUCCAUCCCAUUCUUCUCCCGUUCAUCCUCAUCUUCUCAAACAUACUCGACAGACCUUGACACUUCUUCCUCAUCAUACUCGGACAUAUCUCCCGGUCUAGGUAUAGAUAUUAAUCCUAAUUACCUUUAUAAUCCACAAGCUUCAUCCCUCGACCUCAGAAAAUCAACUUCAUCUUCCAGUUCUAGAUCGUCUGUCCGACCAGGAUUGAAGAAAAUGCCGAGUUGGAAUAAUCAAACGUGGUCACCCAGAACUUCACAGGAUGUAUACAUCCGACGUGCUUCCGAACAAAGCGAGUCAUCCUCUCCUACAGAUGGGGAAUUUGUCUUUGACAGUGGGGCUAGUGGACAUGGGAGAAGGAAAAGUUUGAUUAAUAUUGAUUUCGGAACUUGGAGUAAGAAACCUAAAAUUAUCUUUUCUGGCAAAAAGAAAUCACUCUCAAUAUCGAAACUCAAAUUGAAAUCGAAAUCGACUCUCACCACGACGACCUCGAGAUCGGGGGAGAGACCGGUGCAGGUCGAAGACGAAAUAGUGUCUGCCAAAGAUACGUUUAACGGUAUUCCAAAUAUCACUUUCAGUCCUCUGCAGCGAGUAUGGGCAAGGUCCGAAGAGGAGGACGUUGAUCGAAUUGAUCGUCAUCGUCGAGGAUCCGAUUGGCCACCUACUCAAUCGAGGGAAAUGUAUUUGGACUUAAGUGGAAUACCCACUUUCACGGGUGAAAAUGAUCAAAGCGAUAAUGGAUUAUUCGAACAAUUCUCCAAAUUCAACUUUACCAGCAUGACCGGCAUGACCGGCAUGAAGGCUCAAAGCAGCCAAACUCCUUCGGUUCAGCUAGAACUGGAAGGUGGGAGAGUAGAUACACCUUUGGAAAUGCCUGUGGGACCUAGAUUAAAUUUACGGUUGAGAAAAUCUCAUUCUUCUUCUAUCCUUUCUCCUGUUUUAGACACCGAAGAGGAAGAGGAGGAGGAAGAGGUGAUGUACAUGAGUUCAACUGUCAAAGACGACAACAAGCUAGAGAAAGAACAGUCAAUUGAUAAUCGGGUUCACUCUCAAGCAGGAGUAGAAAAGGAAGCGCAAGGGCAGGAGCUGCAGCAAGAGCAAGAAGAAGAAUAUUUCACACCAUGUUUCAUCCCUUCUUCAUCAUUCGUCGGUGUCAAGACCACCUAUCCUACCAAAUCUAACGAUACAGUCCAAACCAGUACGGGGUCAGAAGAAGAAUCACCUAUAUUCGACUUAUCGAUCUUCUCCCCUCGACCUGCAUUGCCCAACGCACCCGUCCUAAAAGGUAUAGUAGAUACUUUACCUAUCUCACCUCUGGAACUACCUUCAAGCACAAGCCUAGGCUCUGUCGCAUCUUUCAAAGAUAUAGCUUUAUCGUUCCCUACGCCUAUCUUAUCUAAAGAUCCACCAAGCUCACCAAUCGUCAUGCCUAUACCACGAAAGGGAAUAUCAAUACCUCAUCAAUCAAUCGAAUCCGUCCUUAACCCUUAUCCUUGUAGUACCAUCAAUCGAAGAUCAUCUCUUACCGACCGAAGACCCUCUAGACCGUCCACUACGAUCGAAGGUAUACCAACAACUCGAAGAAGGAUGUCUCUGAUAUUGAAACCUGCAAUCUUACCUUGUCCUACCCCUCCUUCACUUCUUACUUCCCCCAAAACACUGGGAAGCGAAUACAUCCCACCUCUCUUCUCACCCAAUUCUACCAGUCCCACUUCAUCGUUGUUCAUUAAUACCACGACUGGAAUAGGAGGAUUACCAGUUAGGAGAGGAAGAGGCAGUUUGAAAUUGAAAUUGCCAUCUUCGCAUUUCGCCAAUUCCACUGGACUAGGUUUCGGGCCUGAGAAAGAUGAACGGGAAGAGGAGAAGGAAGAACACGUACCUACACCUGGUACGUUUGGGUUAGAGGGAGAGAAAGAAAGGUUUGGUAAUGAAGGAAUAGAUGGGAUUAAUCCUUAUUUUGCUUAA